UUGACGACGUGCUCAGCGUCCGUUCAGCGCCACUCAGACCUUGUAGUGUCCUUAUUCAAAACACUUGAAGUUCUGCGACUCUGUUAUCAUGUUAUUCCAGGUUCAAGCUCUUUCUACGUUCACUAAACCGGGAUUAAUACCGGGUUUAAGGGUUUCAAAAGUGGCUGCGGUUGUGAGUACGUACAUGCUGACACGCUACUUUAGCGAGCAGAGUGAUCCCAAGAGCAGAAUCAACCAGACCAUCAACAAAGACAGUCCCAAAGUAGUGCACAGCUUCGACGUCGAAGACAUCGGCAACAAAGUCAUCUACUGCAGAUGCUGGAGGUCCAAGAAGUUUCCCUACUGUGACGGCGCACACGACAAACAUAAUAAGGAAACUGGAGAUAAUAUCGGACCACUGAUCAUUAAGAAGAGAAAUGCAGCAGGCCAAAAAAUCCCUGAGUGAGAGAGAGUGUGUGUGUAGUGAAUGGAAAACACUGAUGCAGGGUUACCCUAAAAAUUACUGUUGUUUCCAUUGUCAUACCACUAUACAAAUACAUGUUAAUGCAGCAGGGGCCUGAACAGCAUACUGGUAAUCCAUAGUCAUACAUUUUCUUAUAACUGCACACGCUCAGGUUCUUGACAAAGUUGCUGUAAUUCACUUACCUACUUGAUAUUAAUUUUCACAAUUCAGGCCGAGGACGUGCAUAAACAAACAUACUGUAUUUCCUGUAACCACGAUGAGGUUUUACGCCUUUUUGCCUCUGACGUAACACAGAUUACUUGAAAUGUGCUUUAAAAUGACACUAAAGGAACUUUGGACAGGGUCAGAGCUACAACCCACAAUGUUUUAUUGAAAUUUUCAGUGAUUGUAGUCUUAGCUGUCUUCCAUUUCAAAUAUGCCAGAAGAGUUUGGGUCCAAAAUGAGAUAACUCUGUUUAUAAAGUUUUUCAAAAAUCAUGUUUUUUUAGCGCACUUCAGUUUAUAUCAUUUAAAACACAGUUGAUUGGUUUUUUUAAGCCAAUAGAAUUUAAAAAUUACAGCUAACUAACACAAUAAAAACAGAGUUAUCAAAUUUUGGAACAAAACUCUACUUUUAUUUUCUAUAGUAGUAUCUUGGGAGUCACGGUGUAAAUUAUAAAUGUUGCUAUUUUUAAUAAAUGUUAUUUGAAAGUG